ACACUCACAAACACACACACAACACACACCAAUCAUUCAUUCCCUCUCUCACAUUUGUGUACAACCACAAGCCUACACCUACACAACAAUUAGCAUUUAGUAGCAUGCAAUGCAACCACACACACACACACAUAUCCCUCCUAUAAAAGGGACAUCUCACACCACAACUCCAUAGAAAUCACAAAACCCAAUUCACCAAAGCCAAAGCAAGAACUAGAUCAAGAAGAGAGAAGAAGCCAAGAUAAUCCAGCAGAAAUAAUUUCAGAAAUCUAUAGCUAGAUAGAUCAUAGAUGCUGCCUCUGCUGAACAUGCAAGCUGAAGCUGCUGGUGGCGAUGGUGGUGAUGCAGAGAAGAAGAGUGGCAACAACAAGCAGAUGAUGGUGGCGGCGAAGGUGUCCAUCUCCAUUCUGGUGAUGUCGCUGCCGGUGCUCUACGUCUCCUUCCUCCGCAUCCCGCCGGCGACGCUCUUCCGGGACACCACCUUCUGGUUCCUCAUGUCCAACUCCAUCAUCAUCGUCAUCGCCGCCGACUCCGGCAUGCUCUUCUUCGCCGCUAGGCCCGCCUCAAGCUCCGGCGAGCUUCAAGCCAUGGUUGUCACCGAUGUCAGCCUCAGCCAUGCAUUGGUGGUGGCGCCGCCGAGAGGUGGCCAAGAAGACGAUGACGGUGUUGUCGUCGCCGGCGAGCCGGCGGAGGAGGAGUCGACGAUGAUGUUGGUGCCGUACUACGGCGGCGAGGUGGUGCAGGCAGCAGCAAGGCCGACAAGGCUGACGGCGAGCAGUGAGGCGGAGAGGACGACGACGAUGGCGCGUCGCCGUCGUCGAAGCAGGUCGCACUCGUCGCACCACGCGCUGAUGAUGACGCCGCCGGUGGUGCAGGAGAAGAGCAUCGUUGUCGUGAGGGAGGAGAAGCUCCGGCGAACUGCAACGGAGCGGCCGCCGGAGCCGGAGGAGGAGAUGACAACGACGAGCAGCAGCGAGUACUCGCGGCUCUCCGACGAGGAGCUGAACCGGCGCGUGGAGGAGUUCAUCGCCAGGUUCAACAUGGAGAUCAGGCUGCAGCUCGAGAAGGAACAAGAACAAGCUGCAGCUGCUUGACAUAUGCAAGAAUCCGCCAUGGCCAUGUACAAAAUCGAUCAAGUUCAAGCUCAAAGCUCAAAGGCUCUAGCUAGCUCCAUGUCAUGUCCAUGUCCAUGUAGAUGUUGAUGCGAGUUUGUUAAUUAGGUUGAGCUUUUGGACAUGGAGCUAGCUAGCUAGGCAUAAGCUCCAUGUCACAGAAAAUAGGUCGGUUUUUUAAAAACUCCCACAAAAUUCCUCUAGGCCUAUUCAGAUCGGAGGAAUUUUGCAGGAGUUUUUAAGAAACCAAGCUAUUUUCUGUGAAAAUUUUGUAAAAUUCCUACGUUUCAAAGAGCCAGCAGUAGCUAUAGCUAAGUAGUUAGCUAGUAGCUUCUUCUUGCUUGGUUCCUCUUGGUAGUCUUCUGCAUCCAUAGAUGCAGGAGAGUGAGAUGAGAGGAGCUAUAUUCUCAUGAGGGAUCAUAUAAUUUGUAUUUUGUAUUUGUGUACAUCAUCAAGAGAUCAGAUCAGAACAAUCCAAGAGAUGGAGUAAUAUAUUAUAGCACUAGUAGUAGUUGUUGUACUACUGAUGAGGAUUAGAUUUUGCAUGCAUGGGGAUAUAGUAAUAACUAAUAAUAACAGAGAUCUCUAUGGCAAGAGAGAUGAAGUGUAUA